AAGGUCACAGGCCGAUGCACCUGUGCCUCCACACACACACCAGCUGCGCCAUUUUACCAGCACCACCCGCUGAACCAAAGCUGACAGAAAUUGCGGGGCCAGCUCCCCAGCUCCUCUCUGCUUCAAGGCGGGUUUGGGCUACCCUAAAAAAAAAAAAACUGGAGAAGCUCCUUGUGUGCUUGGGAAAGGGAGAAAAACUUCAGGGACUUGCUCUGGUAGACCCUCUUUGAGGAGGGCGUCAGACGGGACCACCCCGGGGGCACCUCUUCACCUCAGCCACCCUGGGGAAAACUGCGGGUUGGAAACGCGGCCACGAGGAGCUCGCCCGGCCGUGCCCGCGGGCGAGGAGGGCACUGAGGUGUCGGUGACGAGGCCGGGGCGGCACGUUGGCCGCUUCAGCAGCGCCUCGAGGCGGGCGCUGAGGAGACGCCGCCAUUUCGUGGCGGCGGGGGGCGCCCGGCGGCCCCUCACGGGAGGAGGAGGAGGAGGCGCCCGGCGGAAAUGUGCAUGCUUCUGAACAGCUUGAAUCAAAAAAUAGAUGCCCCAAGUGAGGAAGUCUGCCACAGAUGCAUGAAUUGUGAUACCGUUGUUUGGAAGUGAAAGACAACAAGAUUUCACCUGUUGGAGCAUGGAUUCAAAAUCCACUGUGGUUGUAACUGGUUUUGGUCCCUUUAGACAACACCUGGUUAAUUCUAGCUGGGAAGCAGUGAAGGAGCUGUCCAAGAGAGGCCUUGGUAAAACCAUAGAUCUCCGUAUCAUGGAACUGCCAGUGGUUUACCAAAAAGCAAAGGAGCAAGUCCUCAAGAUAUGGACAACUCUUCAGCCACUACUUACUGUUCAUGUUGGGCUGGCUUCAUCCGCCAAAGCAAUCAUCAUCCUUGAGCAGUGUGGGAAGAACAAAGGCUACAAAGAGAUGGAUGCUUGUGGUUUUCACCCAGAAGGUGGCUGUUGCAUGCUAGAUGGUCCGGAAAAGAUUGAAUCUACAAUUAAUAUGAAGACUCUCUGGAAAAACAUUUCAGUGGAAGGGAUUGAUAUAAUCUUUUCCAGAGAUGCGGGAAGGUAUAUCUGUGAUUACACCUAUUACGCUUCUCUGUAUUAUGGCAAUGGAAGAGCAGCUUUCAUCCAUGUGCCUCCAUUAUCCAAAUCGGUAACAGCAGACUCUCUAGGAAAAGCAUUACAGACAAUUAUCUUAGAAAUGUUAAAACAGUGCGGGGAAGAAAGAGAGUAAGAUGGAUCAUGAGAGGGAAAAAAAAAAAGAGUAUUUCUUAGAAUGCAAUUCCUUACCUCUUAGAAGUAGCAAAUCUAAUUGUUAUUUAAAACCCUUAUAUAAAAGAUUUUUAUAUUCCAAGUUAUUUUUAGUGAAAUCUCCUUACAGAAAACAAACUACUCUGGCGUAAAAAGCUUAAGAGAAAAAAAAACAACAACAACAAUUCAUAGUUUGUAUUGCUAACAAUGAUAAGGUUGCUUCAGAUUUAAGAAAGUGUGUGAAUGUGGACUUAAAAGUUGUUACAUGCUUUCUAAAAUCUUUUAAGUUUGUUUUUUUUUUUUUGGAAAUUUUAGAGAAAACAAGAAACAUUUGGGACGCUCAAUCCUAGUUCGGAAGGGCAGAAAAACAUUACUACAGAUUUACUGAAUCAAGAUCCAUGCUUGCAGCUCUAAGGACAUGCAGCACUGGAUCUAAGAGGUCCUCAGUCCCUGCUCAAGUCCAACGAGAUAGUUCAUCUAAUAGAAGGUGCCCAUAUAAAAACUUCAAAUACAGGUGAAACCAAAACACACACAGGGGUCCGGUUAUCUGAAUGUUUCUUCAGAUAUCUGUAUCUCUUGGAGACCCGCUGUAAACACUGGUUUUCACAUCAAAAACAGAUUACGGAGCUGGGGUGACUUAAAAAGAGAGCAAAUAAAAAGCUAGAAUCUGGCAGACACUGAAAUGCUGUUAGUAAUUUGGGUUUAAAUUGCCCCAAAACACCAUUUACCCCAAAUUCUCAGUAUCUGUCCCAAAGGAAAACACUGUAGUCCUUCCACAAAGCACAGAACAAAGACAACAGUCUUUCAGUACAAUGGGUCAUGGCUAUUCAGGGAUUUAUACAUCAAAAAUCAAAAAGCUAACUUGUCCCAAGAAAGGCAAUCAUUGAAGCACUGUGCUGUGGAAUGCGUUAUGGCACAUCAUCUUUCUUACAAAACAGGAACCAAAUGAGAUCCCAAGUUGUAAAACUCGGGAUCAGACAGUGACAGAUCACUUCUGCACUUCUCCCCUGCCAAGCCAGGCUCCUCGAUGUCUCAGACGCGGCUAUAUACAGAAGCACUGCACUAUUAAUGCUGGAGAAGACAGAGGUUUGUAGUGUCUUCUGUAACACACACAGAAUGGCAACGCAUGCUCUCCUUAGUAAUUUUGCUAGUACCAAAACAGACAAUUAUGACAUAAAGCUAGCAGUUAAUUUUCAAAAACAGUCAGCAGAAUGAAACAGCAGCACCUUAAUAUAGGCAUCUGGGAUUUUUCUAAGGAAAACAAAAGCUCAUUUCCUCAAGUGUCAUGUCAGUAAAAAAGGUCAACAGCCAAGGACAACCUAAGGGCUCAGACGCCUGAACAAGCUCUGGGCCACCACUGUGCCCUAGUCAAGACUUCGACAAGAGUCAGAGGAAUUGGAAAUGUCAGAUGUAAUGCUAGUUUCCUUGCCACUAUCUUUGCCAACAGUCUUUGCAGAAAACCAAUAACCCCAUGCUGGAUGGAUGAAUGCCUCAUCUACGGAUUGCUGUAGAGGCAGUCGUAUCCUUCAAACCACCUGGCAACCGUUAAGCAGGUACUGAACAGCACAAGUGAGACUGCGUAGCAGCAAAACCCGUUCUGUUUCCCGAACCAGUGAGGUUCGUGUAGUCCAUUUAGUUAACUGCACUAGACAGUAAAGUGAAAUGACCAGUUAAGAUGAUCCCACCCCAACCAGAGGGCUCUGGAAGACCAGGAUACUGAAGAUACAGAACAUUUCCCCAACUUCUUUAUUCAUUCGCUGUAUACUGGGACACAAAGCUUGGGUGGGUAAGGGGAGGGGGAUGAGCCAUGAAUUGGACAAGUUAGCAAUCCUUUUUGGCAUAUUGUAAAGCUAGCUAGUAAACUGGUACCAUCAAAAAAAAAAAA